AUGGGUAAAAUUGCUGUUGACUCUCUUCUUAUUAAUUCUCUAUUCAAAUGUCCCCUAUGUCAUGGACUUAUACGUUCACCUACAGUUAUAAAUGAAUGUCUACAUCGAUUUUGUAAAUUAUGUAUAACGACUCAUUUCGAAAACAAAAAUAAUAAUAAAUGUCCAAGUUGUCAAAUAAGUAUUUCUAAUCCAUUGGACACACUUAAAUCUGAUCUCAUCUUUCAACGACUUCUAUAUAAAAUAUUUCCAUAUAUUUUUCAACGUGAAAUCGCGUGCAAACCUUCUUUACUAUCAUCAUCAAUUACUAAUGAAUCGACACGUAUUCAUAUCGAUUCAACAAUUGAUGUUUAUCUCGAAUAUUGGGAUAUUUCAUUGGAUCUAUUUCCAAAUAGUAAUAAAUCAUCAUCUAUAACAUUAUCUCCAUGUUAUUUGGAAUGUAAAGCUAAUACACCAUUAUCAUUAUUAGAAAAAUUUAUUCGAACAAAACAUUCAAUAUCAUCUGAACUUGAAAUUGAUCUGUUUCAUAAAACAUUUUUAUUAGAUACAAAUAAUGAAAAAUUAAUUGAUAUUUGUUAUUGUUUUGAUCGUAUGAAUAAGAAUCAAACACUUGAUAUUCGAUUUCUUGUUAGUCCACAUGGUUAUAAAGCAAUAUUAAAUCAUAUACAUCAAUUAAGACAUCCUGCUCCAUCAUCAAUUGAAACCGUUGAACAGAUGCCUCUUCAAAUUGUUGUUCCAGAACAAGAAAAUCCAACAGCUUCAUCUUCUUCGUCAUCAUCAUCAUCAUCAAAUUCUAGUUCAAUCGAUCCAAAAUUAAAAGUCAAAAUUCGUCGAUCUCAAACAUCAGCAAAUGAUUGGUAUAUUCCACAAUCAAAAGUACCUAAUGAACCGGUUGAAUUACCUGAUCUAGUCAAUUCAUGUGAAACUACAACAACAAUAAUAAAACGUAAACAACCUAUAUCAAAUAACUCAAAUGUAUCAUCAAUAAAAAAGAAACCUUGUACGACAUCAACAUUUUUUUCUGUUGGUCAUAUAUCACAACCAAAACGAACAUCAUCAGUAAAACCUCGUACAAAACCUCGACGACGUACACGUUUUAUUCCAACAAUGGUUAAAGCUCCUCCAUCAAUAUUUGAUCGUAUAUCAAUUAAUCAAUAUGAUUAUAGUGAUCAAGAUUCAGAUAAUUCACCAAUUUGUUCAACAAAUGAACUUCUUGAACAAUCUGUAACAACAUUACGACCAUCUGAAAUGGUUAUUGUUAAUGUUGAAGGCAAUGUAACAGAUUCGUCAGAAAUAAAACGAACACAAAAAACCAUAUGUAAAGUACCACCCUAUAUACCUGAAAGUUCAUCAAUAAUAAAUUCUCCACCAGAAAAAUCUUCAACAAUUGUUAAACCAACACCAAUUUAUCCAACAUUUUCACCAAUAAGACGUACAUUAUUACCGAAAAAAAUUCCAACUAUUAUCCCAACAUUACCUAAUCGAACACCGUCACCAGAAUUAAAUAAUAUAACUCCGCUUGAUUUAAGUUUGAAAUGA